CGGCAGCGGAGGAGGGGGCACUGUUGUCACUCGUCAGGGCUGUGAGUCGAGCUUUUGUCCAGGAGAAAUGGCCGGGAUUAAAGCUCUCAUCAGCCUCUCCUUUGGGGGGGCCAUCGGCCUCAUGUUCCUCAUGCUUGGAUGUGCCCUCCCUGUGUACGACAAAUACUGGCCUUUGUUCCUCCUCUUCUUCUACAUCCUCUCUCCCAUCCCUUACUGCAUCUCGCGGAGGGUGGUCGAUGACACAGACUCGGCCAGUAACGCCUGCAAAGAGCUAGCCAUCUUUCUCACGACAGGCAUCGUCAUUUCAGCCUUCGGCUUGCCCAUCGUCUUCGCAAGAGCUGAAGUAAUCGCCUGGGGGGCGUGUGCACUCGUGCUAACGGGCAACGUAGUCAUCUUCGGGACCAUCCUGGGCUUCUUUCUCGUCUUCGGAUCCAACGACGACUUCAGUUGGCAGCAGUGGUAAAACAGCAGAGGGAGGGGGACCUUAGUCUGAACUGUUUUUAUUAGCGUUAUUAUUAUGGUAUUACUGUUUGGUUCUUGCUGUUGUUAUUUAUAUGAUGACCACCCAUCCAUAGACUCACACCAAACCAGUGCAAUACUUUCUUUUUUUUUUUUUACCGCCUGCAUCAUAUUGAACUGACACAAGUGGGAUGGAAAAUGCUGACUCUCAGUUGGAUGUGACUCAUUUUUUAAGUUGUGCUCUCUGACUUCUGUGUUGUGAAUUUUAUCUCCAUUUGUGUCCACUUUCAUUUGAGUUGUUUGGAGCUGAUAGGAGCUGGUGAACAGCUGCUUUUGUUAUCUGUAAAAAAUAUGCUAAAACGAAUCCAAUUGAAUGUCCAGAGUCGAAAAAGACGUAGUCAGAGCCGUCUGGCCUCCUGUUUCCAAUUAGCAGAUACAUUAAAAAUUCUAUUUAUCUUUGCAAUGGGUGUGCAUUUCCAGCAUAAGUGCUGAUCUGAGUUUAAAGCAGCAGAAAACUGAUAGAGAAUCUGCACAGUAUGAGCUCAAAUUUCAGCACUCACAACUAGACAAAAUGUCUCCAUUUGAUGUGGGCUUAUUGGAUUAAAACUGCGUUUUCUUUGGGUUUCUUGUCACAUUAAAGUGUGAAAAUUCUGAUGAUA